ACUUUAAGAGGAAAUAUGACAUCCUCCUCUCCACGUGAUAAAGUCUUUCAUCAAGAGAUCCAUUUGCUAGCAGGUUUCUACCAUUCUCAGAGCAUCAUGACUGAAGAAAGCCAGAAAAUGUCCUACCAGAUCGUUGGGAUGAUUCUAGUCUGUCUUCAGAUGACUGCUUCACAGGAAGGGAUGUGGAUCCAACAGAGCCCGGCCCAGAUUGUAUUGGCCCCUGGAAAAUCUGCACGGAUAGACUGUAAGCUCUCAACCAGGAGAGCAUAUGUAUAUUGGUACAAAGAGCUUCAGAAUGGAAGUCUGCAUGGGAUUUUCCAGAGUUAUAAGAAUGCACCUUCAGAUGGAAAAUACUCGAGUGAGGUGAAUGAGGCAUCGGACACGUUUUCUCUGAUUAUCACAGAUGCACAAAGAAACGACUCCGGGGUGUAUUACUGUGGCCUAGCUGCUUAUGCAUAUGCGAACUUCGGGAGUGGGACCCGACUAAUUGUCACAGAUGCCUCUGAGCCAAGACUUUCUGUCCUGGUGCCCUCCACCCAGAAGGAUGCUGAACAUCGCCAGAACGUACCCCUGCUCUUCCUGCUCUCGGAUUCCACUCCCUCCUGGAGCAACGUUCUCUGGGACACAGGGGAGGGGGCAUCAGUGGGCCAGACAGAUUCCGGAGCCAUAGACGGGGACGGGAUCUACAGCGUCUGGAGCCUCAUGACAAUCCCAUACAAGAGGUGGAACCAGGAGACAAUCUGGAAUUUUACAGUCAAAGACAAUAGUACGGGGAGAAACAUCAGUGCUACCAUGGUCAAGCAAACAGAUGAGCCUGGAAAAGAAUACUGUGAUUAUGUGUUAUAUUUUGGCCUGCUUUGUAUUUUCAUCCUUGUCAUCAUCCAGAUGAUGAUCCUGCUCUUCAGGAAACGUCUCACCAGAGCAGGGAGAACUGUGAAAACAGGGAACCAAAUGCCCAUGAGGCAGAUUCCACAGACUGAAUAUGCAGCAGUGAGGUAUAAUAAAUGAAAAUUCCUUUUUUAACUGACGUGGUCUGACCAAUUUAUUUAUAGGGUUUUUUAAAAAGCGCUGUACAAGAGGAAAAAAUGAAAGUGAAAUUCUGACUUAUUUAUUACUAAAGUGUGAAGUGGUUGGGCUUAAAAUACACCUUGUUGUAAAUGUAUCUGUCUCCAAAUCUUUUUUGUUACCACUUAUUUAAAGAAAUAGCUUUCUUCUUGGUUAUUAUUGCGAAUUACUUGUUUUG